AUGGGUUCAAUUAAGACUGACGCAAACGGGCAUGGCUCGCAACUCCUCCAUAUCGAUGCCUCCUUCGACAACAAGAACUCGGAGGAAUCUGCUAUUGAACUGGUCUACAGAAUCCAACCCAAAUGGCGAACUGCUCCUGGUAAACUAGAAGUCGUCAAGUUCACCGACGGCAUCACAAACACUUUGCUCAAAGUCGGCAAACAUCUACCUGGCCUGUCCCAGGAUGAGAUCGAUCGAGACUCUGUUCUGCUGCGUGCCUAUGGCAACAACACUGAAAUCUUGAUCGAUCGAGAUAGAGAAGCUAUGUCGCAUGCGCUAUGUGCUGAGCGUGGUCUUGCUCCCCCAUUGCUAGCAAGGUUCAAUAAUGGCCUGUUGUAUAGGUACAUCAUUGGAAAAGUGUGUACUCCUCAAGACUUGAUCAGGGAACCUGUGUGGCGUGCUGUGGCUACUCGCCUGGGUGAGUGGCAUGCCCGACUUCCCGUGGACUCGGUUGCAGAAAGCAGCAAUGCUACCAAUGGGCAUGCCGUGAAUGGUACAUCUCCCAAUUCUCCCUUGAACUCGAGGUCACCUGUUCCAAACUGCUGGUCCGUCAUGCAGAAGUGGGUUGGCGCUUUGCCAGAUGAGACACCCAAGAAGAAAGCCAGGAAAGAACUUCUUCAGGGAGAACUCGACCGAUCCUUCAAAGACCUUGACAAUGAGCGGGGUCCAGGCGUCAAGGGGUUUGUCUUUGGACACUGUGACCUGUUAAGUGCCAAUGUCAUCAUGUUACCCUCCGAGUCCGUCGAUAGUAAGGCGGAUAACACUCUGAAAGUCUCCUUCAUCGAUUACGAAUAUGCCACACCAUGCCCUGCCACUUUCGAUAUUGCCAAUCAUUUCGCCGAAUGGGGUGGCUAUGACUGUGAUUACGGUAUGCUACCAACAAAGUCUAUCCGUCGUCAAUUCCUCAAAGACUACCUCGACUCGUACAAAGCCCACAGCGACACACCCUUCCCUGGUAAUAUGCUCCAGGUCUUGAUGGAAGAAAUCGAUCGAUGGCGCGGUAUGCCUGGUUUAUACUGGGGCAUCUGGGCUUUGAUCCAAGCAACCAUUUCCCAGAUCGAUUUUGAUUAUGCCUCCUACGCAGAAGUACGACUAGGUGAAUACUUUGCUUGGAGAGCAGAAGAAAGCGGCAGCCGAGCCCAGGAAGGCGCUGAGCUUCCACUUCGUGAGCGAAGGUGGGCAGAAGAAUAA